UGCAGUUUGUGGUGUGUCAUUAAAACCAAAAGGAUCAACCUUUCCGGUGUGCUCAGAGUUUUCGGAGGUUGGGUCCCAAGGACACACUGAAAUUAUCUUUUUGGUCCAGAGAUGAAAGAGCUUAAGAACCAUGGGUUUACGGCGGAGUGUUGCUCCCUCUGUGGUGGUCUGUUGGUCUCUCUCUCGCUGUUGGUGUAUGGAAGACUAACACAGGGUCUUCUCUGGUCUUCUCUCUCCUCUUUGGUCUCCUGUCUGGUCUCCUCUUCGGUCUCCUCUGUCCUCUAUGUCUCCUCUCUGGUGUCCUCUGUCUCCUGUCUCCUCCCCCCGUCCCCGAUUGGCCCUUGUAGUUGACCUCAGCCUUGACUUCUCUGGUGACUCUGCAGUUCUCAGCGACCCCAUCGACCUCGUAACCCCCUUGACCCAGGAACAGAUCCGGCUCCUCCUCUGGCACGAGGAGGAGCAGCACCGCCGAGAGGAGGAGCGGCUGAGGAGGAAGGACGAGGAGAGGAAGAGGAGGAGGAAACAGAGGAAGGAGCAAGCGGAGAGACAGAGGAACUUUGUGGCGGAGAGGCGGAGGGAGGAAGAGGAGGCUCUGAAGCAGCAGAUAGCUCGAGAGGAGGAGGAGUGGAGACAGAAGGAGAAGAUGAGACAGGAGGAGGCAGAGAGAGUGGCCAGGGAGAGGCAGAUGGAGGAGGAGAGGAGAAGAGAGGAGGAGGCAGAGAGAGAGGCCAGGGAGAGGCAGAUGGAGGAGGAGAGGAGAAGACAGGAGGAGGCAGAGAGAGAGGCCAUGGAGAGGAAGAUGGGGGAAGAGAGGAAGAGACAAGAUGAGUUGCUGAGGGAGGCACUGGAGGCUCUAGAAGAGGAGAACGAAGAGGACGAGUGGUUGAGAGGAGACGUGUUUCAGAGUUUACCAAACCAACUAAAGGAGCGUGACUUACUCCCUCCUCCUCAACCAAUACCUCCUACGCUUCUGAGCCAGGAGCUGGAAUGGGAGCAUGAGGAGGUGGGAGAAGGAGAGGAAGAGAUCAAAGUGUCUCCCAGGAACGCUCUUCCUCCAGGAUGUUCCAUCUCAGACGUUACCAUGACCUGUGAGAACAUUAAACUGGACUACUUCCCCCCUUUGACCAUCCCAUACCUCAAGUCUCUCAGUCUAGAAGGUAACCUCAUCAGGAACAUCCCAGCCGAGGCCUUUAACGGCAUACCAAAUCUGGAGUGGAUCAACCUAGGGAAGAACCUCAUCACCUCUGACGGCAUCGCUGCUGCAGCUUUCAGAGGGCUGCAGUUCCUGACACGGCUGUACCUGGACGGGAACCUUCUAGAACGGGUUCCCUCCAACCUGCCCUCCACCCUGCAGGAACUCAAGAUCAACGAGAACAAGCUGAGCACCAUCAAGGAGAAGAGCCUCCGAGGUCUAAGCAGCCUGAUAAUCCUGGAGCUGGAGGACAACCUCCUGAGUGAGAACAACGUGGAUCCGUCCGCCUUCUCCCCUCUGACCCAGCUGUUCUACCUCAGGCUGGGCCGAAACCACUUCCGCACAGUCCCUCAGGGUCUACCACCCACACUGCUGGAGCUGUACCUUGAGAACAACAUGAUUGAGGAGAUCUCAGAGGUGGUCUUCAACAAUACCACCAGUCUGACCCUGGUGUCCCUCAGGCACAACCGCCUGGACGAGACCAGGAUGGCCCCGCUGGCCUGGAUCAACCACAGGAGCCUGGAGUCCAUUGAUCUGUCUCAUAACGACCUCUACCUGGUUCCCUCCUACUUGCCGAGAUCCCUCAUUCACCUGGUUCUGGUUGGGAAUCACAUAGAGAGGAUACCCAGUUAUGUGUUUGCCCACAUGGACCCUGGGCUGGAGUAUCUGUACCUGUCCUACAACAAGCUGGACGGGCAUGGCAUCGAACCCGAGUCCUUCUUCGGUGCGUACCACUCCAUGGUGGAGCUGUGCAUGGACCACAACCAGCUGGUCUCGGUUCCGGCAGGAAUCAGCCUGAUGAAGGCUCUGCACUUCCUCCGGCUCAACAACAAUAACAUAAGGAGCAUCCCAGAGGAUAGCCUGUGUGAGCCAGGGAUGGAGGCAGACGCCACCCUGGUGGCUGUGAGGCUGGAGAACAACCGAAUAGACCCCGACAGCAUCUCCAGCAGCAGCUUCUCCUGCGUCCGCGCCACCUCCAGUGUGGUCUUCAAACCACAGAGGAAAGACUGAACCACUUCUCCAAACACUGUCCAUCACCAGGCUAACUACAAAGACUGGAGCUCUCCAUCGCACUAUAGCCCUGCCAUGCUCAUCCUUUGGUGUGCUUUCCCCACUGAAGACUACACAUGUGCCCGGUAGUGUAACAAAAUACCUGGUAGCAUAACAAAGUACCAGGUUCCAAGAGUACCAGGUUUAGGGGUGGAGAUAGCGAUACUGCAAGCCACUGGUCCACAGAACAACCCGACAUGAGACUGAGAAGAAUGGCUGUGAAGGCAACACAGAUCCCCAGACCUUCUCCUUGCACUGACCAAACCCCACCUGGUCGGGGGCCAUUCGUGCGCAGCUCAUGUACGAAUGACAUCCAUUGGAACUGAAGUGUAGCCAACAUCUGGGUUUCUCGUCAUAAAUUGACACGGGAAUGCUGCCUGUACUGUAAUCUGCACAGAUUGAGAGUACUAGAUAGACACAUAGAUAGUACUUUAUUAACCCAGGAUGGGAAAUUAUGUUUUUCUAAGUUAGGAAGCGUAGACUGUUGACAGUACAUUGGUCAGCAGAAUUCAACAAGUUAGUACUUUUACCAAAAGGAUGUGUAUUUAGUGAUUAAAUAUCAAUUAACCUUUUGUAUUGAUAUAGCAUUCAUGAAAAAGAGUGAAACAAAAAGGGAAAAAUAGGUCAAACACAAAACACAACACUGAAACUGUAAAAUGAGGACAAGCUAUUACCAGCAUCAUUAGCAAAGUCAAACAAAAAGCCUUAUAACAUAAAGUGCCAUGUAUCGCGAUGAAGGAACAGCGUGCUUACAGACAGCAUGUUCAGAGAGUGUUAAAAAUAACUUUUUAGUAUUGUAAUGAAUGUUUCAAAAAGUUGUAUUUUCUUUGCCUUUUUUGCCCACUUGCUAAAUAAAGUAAAUCACACAA